AUGGGGGCCGUAGGGUAUCGGAACACCUUUCACCCUAAAUCGCCUAUCUUGGCUCUCAGAGCGGUAGUACCAGACACCCUGCUUAAACACUGGCAUGAGGCAGGGAUCACAAGAAUAUCCCAACUAAUAAAUGACGAGGGAAUAAUCCCAUUCCCAGAUCUACAAAUACAGUGGCAGAUCCCAAACUGCGCUAUCUUUUCAUACCUCCAAUUGAAAAGUGUUCUAAAUGCACACACGACACUCUCACAAGAGAUGCGUGGCUCAGCCUCGGUCACCCCACACUUACUUAUAGAAAGAUGUUGGGCAUCACCUACUAAACCUAAGGCACUCACUCUAUGCUAUAAAUCAUGGCAGGAACUCUCACCAAACAAACCACAUCCACAUAAAGCCCAAUGGGAGACAGACUGUGGUGUGACGCUGACUGAGGGGGACUGGCUUCAUGCUCUCAAUGACCUGUCCAAAUGGACUAAGUGCUACUCACAUAUUGAAGCCCACAAGAAGCUCCUGUACCAUUGGUACAUGACCCCGCAAAGGCUCCACCGAAUAUUUCCCACCACAUCCCCGACUUGCUGGAGGUGCAACUCAACCACAGGAACAUUAAUACACCUGUGGUGCUCCUGUGGAGAUGUCCAACCCCUGUGGACCACGGUGCGCUUGGUCCUGGACGAACUGGGCAUCCCUAGAUUUCUGCUAACAAAAACUACCUGCCUAUUAUUGCUACUCCCUGCUCUCUUGUCUUCAUGA